UAUGGUUAUCAAGAUGAGAAGACUCGUCGGUUUGAGACUAAACUGCUGGACCUUUAUGGCAGGGAUGUAAACCCGAAGUUUAAUGGGUCUGUUUACUUGACCCAGCUGACGCGUGGUAAUGAGGCCAACUCUCCACGACCCGGACCUACGUGUGAAAUUCACGCUCGGGGUUAUUGCGAUGGAAAAGUGCUUGAGGGUUGCGAUGUUAGUUUUGCAAUUGGUGACUUUGAGGAAGUUGGUGUUCCUGAGGGUCUUGACAGUGCUCUAUGCUACAUGAGCGAGGGCGAAGAGGCACGAGUCAGGAUCUGUGAUCCUAUGACCUUCACGUCAUGUGAAUCCGCGAAAUGUGGUAUACCCGAAAAUAUGGAACAUGUGCAGUCCCUAAAACAAAAGGCCAGUGAGCCUAUCAAAGCAGGAAUAUAUCAAAUAGCCGUUGACAUCUACUGA